CAUGGUAGUAUUAGGCAUCAGCAAGAAAGAGUAGAAGUUGGGGAAUUCGGACCAGAAAAAGCGACAAAUGAGGAUGAACAAUUGAGUUCCGAAAUAUUUGCUCUCUGAGGAUUCAAUUCUCUGAUCCUAAAUAUUUGCUAAGACGAAGGUUUGAAUUUUGGUUUUGUUUGAUUGAGCUUGGGGGUUAUUGUCCAAAAUCAAAGUGAAAGGUGUUGAUCCGGUGUGCUCGUCUUCACUAUGACUGGCGCUACCAACCAGUUGAUAUCCGUUCAACCUGACGAGCUCCACUUCCAAUUUGAGUUGGAGAAACAGAGCUUCUGUGACCUCAAAGUUUCAAAUACGACAGAGCAUCAUGUUGCUUUUAAGGUUAAAACUACUUCUCCAAAGAAAUACUUUGUUCGGCCAAAUACUGGUGUUAUACAACCUUGGGACUCCUGUGUCAUUAGAGUCACACUUCAAGCUCAGAGAGAGUACCCUCCAGAUAUGCAGAGCAAAGAUAAAUUCCUCCUACAAAGCACCAUAGUACCUCCAAAUACAGACGUUGAUGAGCUUCCACCAAACACGUUUAGCAAGGAAUCUGGGAAAACAAUAGAGGAGUGUAAGCUUAAGGUUGUUUAUCUCACUCCUAACUCGGUGCCUGGAAUCUCUGAAGAUGGCUUCAAACAGAGUAUUGAUGCGAAUGCAAUGUGGCGCUCUGCGAGCUUUGAUGAUAAUCAAGUCUUGCAGCGCCUGAAAGAAGAAAGGGAUGCAGCAAUGCGACAAACACAACUACUGCAACAGGAAUUGGAAAUGCUGAAGAAAAGAAGAAAUAGGAAAGGCGACCCAGGAUUUUCCAUGGUGUUUGCUCUUUUUGUGGGAUUGAUUGGCCUCAUGGUUGGCUUCCUCUUCAAGCUGUUAUUUUCUUCACCUUCUGCAGAAUAACUUUGCUCCAUCUUAUACUCUCAGGAUACAGAUUUUGCUCCCAGUUUCCAUGUAUAAUUCAGAUCAUGGCUUUGAUUGAUUGGAAAGCUUGCUUAGUUUGAUCUUUAUUUCUGUAAAUUCUUUUAUUGGAUAUUGUUACUUGUUCAGUUCGUUUUAGGAAAUAUUAAUCUCCUUGAGUGUGUUUGAUCACACAGUUACAUGCUC